AUGGUCCACGCCGAUGCGACGUCCGCGUCGACGGCGCCGAGCAAGCAAGCGCUCGAAGACGCCGCGCACGAAGAGGCGCUCGCGGCGUCGGUCGCCGCCAUGAAUGGGAUGCAAAAACUCAUGCACCGCCUCGGGUUCUCGGACACGUUCCUGAGCGGUCCGAAGUACUUCAAGGAAUCGUACGAUUACUACCGCGCCGAACCGCAGAAACUGAAGAGCGAACUCCUGAGCGGGCUCACCGUGGCCGUGGCGCAGGUGCCGGAGUCGGUGGCGUUUUCAUUCGUCGCCAUGGUGGACCCGGUGGUUGGAUUGUACGCCACGUUUUUCAUGGGGAUCAUCACUGCGUUGAUCGGUGGACGACCGGGGAUGGUGAGCGGCGCCGCUGGCGCCAUGGCGGUCGUUGCCGUGAAAAUAAUGGAACCGAACGGGUUGCUCCCGCAGGCAAAGCUAUUGGAGUGGGGAGAGAUCGCGUCGUGCACGGGUACCGCCGCUGGUUGUCAGAGUCUGCGGCACCAAGCAUACGACGCGCGUUUGGAGUGGUUGUUUAUGAUCAUGAUCUUGUGUGGGGUGUUACAGAUCGUUCUCGGGAUCCUCCAGGCUGGACGACUCAUGCGAAUGAUUCCGCAAACCGUCAUGACAGGAUUCGUCAACGGUUUGGCCAUCAUCAUCUUCAAGGCACAGCUGGAAGUGUUCAAAGAGAAAGAUUGGCAAGUCGCAUUCAAUUUGUUCGAUGCCAAUCGUGAUGGAUCAUUAAGCACGGCGGAGGUGACGAGUAUUUUCUCUGCAGAACUGCCAGAUUUGUCAUCGAGCGACUUGAACGCAUACGUCGCGGGCAUCGUCACUCAAGUAGAUACCGACUCCAGUGGCCAUAUCUCCUUGGCUGAAUUCAUGGCAAAUAAAGAGCAUGGCAUUCACAGUGGUUACGAGGACUCUUUGAGAUGGCGCACGCUCGAUCAAGGCGUCACUUGGCUCAUGUUGUUUUAUGUUUUCUCGUCGAUGCUCAUCGUGCACUUCUUACCUAAGUACACCAAGGUCCUUCCAUCCUCUCUUGUGGCGAUUCUCUGGUGCUUACUUUUGGAACACGCGAUUAACCGUCCACUGAUCCAUGCGGGCACCCCGGUCGUGCGCGAUGCGGCGCCUGUGAAGGUUGAUUUUCCACUGUACCACACGCCGAAAGUCAACCUCACCAGCAAGUCUUUUGCCCAUGUGUUUGGGAUCACGUUUUCUCUCGCCGCGGUCGGUUUGAUCGAAUCGGUGCUCACACUUCAGUGCGUUGAUGAGAUUUUGGACGACACCUCGGAUGCAACUGGACGUUUCACGCAAGAGUGUAUCGCACAAGGCAUUGCAAACACGAUGUCCGGCAUGUUCAAAGCGAUGGGCGGCGACGCCAUGAUUGGGCAAUCGCAAAUCAACGUCAAAUCUGGCGGUGUCGGACGUCUAUCCACUGGCUUCGCGUCCAUUAUGUUCCUUAUUUUCAUCGUUGCCGCUUCCAAGGUGAUCGAACUGAUACCUCUCGCCGCAUUGACGGGAGUUUUAUUCAUGAUAGUCAUUUACACAUUUGAUUGGACGUGCUUACCCCUCAUGUCUGGAGACCUCAAAGGGCUGAUAAUCGGUCGCAAAGCCGACGGAACACGCGAAGACUACGCUGGUAGACGAAUUCGAAAGUUCUGGUUCGAUACGAACGACCGCAUACGAUGGAAAGACUCCGCUAUCAUCAUCUUGGUCACCGUCGUGACGGAGAGAACCAACUUGGCCAUUGCCGUUGGAGUCGGGGUCGUCGUCGCGUGCUUGUUCUACGCGUGGGAUAAUUCGACUGGAUCAUUAAAGGUCGUCCGUCGCGAAGAAGAGAUCUUCGGAUGCGAAAAGGGGAGCACUCGCGUGGCGUACGACGUCUCUGGAGAGCUCUUCUUCGGUACUGAUCGCGAAUUCACAAACUCUUUUCGCAUGGGGCCGGAUCCCGUCGACGUCGUCAUUUACAUGGAUAGGUGCAAAAUCAGGGAUUACUCGUCAUUGGCCGCGUUGAAUUCGUUGUACGUGCGAUAUGCCGACGUCGGCAAAACCAUCCGCGUUCAUAACACCGAUCCUGAAAAUCGUGCUCUCAUCGACUUGCUCGGGGAAAAGUUCUUGCCGCAAGUUCUUGAUGAGGACCUGAGCGUCGCUGGGGUCUCCCACGUCAUCGUCGAGCUUGCCCACGCGAAGCGGCGCUCUCACUCUGCGAGCGACAUGACCGCUUCGGAAAAGAUCUUCGAAGACAGCUAA